UAACCCGCGCGCGGGGCGCGGGGCCGUGGAGCAGCGAGGCCGGACCUCCGCAGCCGCCGCCCGAUGGCCCCCGCCGCGACGUCGAGGGGCAGCGCCCUGCCCCGCGGCCUCCGGGUUCUCGCCACCGUUCCCGACCUGCUCUUCACCCUCGAGUUUGUGUUCGGCGGCCUGGUGUGGAUCCUGAUCGCGUCGUCCCUGGUGCCCAUCGCCCUGGUGCAGGGCUGGGUGAUGUUCGUGUCCGUGUUCUGCUUUGUGGCCACCACGACGCUGCUGGUUCUCUACAUGAUCGGCGCCCACGGCGAGGCGGCCUCCUGGGUCACCCUGGACGCAGCCUACCACUGCGUGGCCGCGCUCUUCUACCUCAGCGCCGCGGUGCUGGAAGCUGUGGCCACCAUCCUGAUGCAGGACGGCUUCACCUACGAGCGCUACCACGAGAACAUCGCCGCCGUGGUGUUCUGCUACGUGGCCACCCUGCUCUACGUGACCCACGCCACGCUCUCUCUCAUCAGGUGGAAAGCUGCCUAAGAGCAAGUGCCCCUGAAAACCCAGCCAGGGUCAACCGACCCGCCAGCCUUCUGGCAUAACUCCUUAGAACACUCUCGACGUUGGGGAAAAAAGGAAAAAAAAAAAGCAGCGUUCUGUUUCUCGGGGUGCUGUGUUUGCGCUCCCACAUGCCUUCGUUUUGGGGUUCGCGGCUUGCUGUUUAACCUCCGGCUACUGCGCUCUUUCGUUUCCUGCUUGUGAAAGCGGUGGUGGGGGUGGGAAGUGGGGACUGUCGUCGGAGAGACCACGAAGCAAAGGUCCCCUGCUGACCCCGGCCGGGUCUCGUGGACCGGCUGCUGGACUGUCCAGGGCUCUCGGGGGCGCCCGGCUCGAGGUGUGCCCGCACGUCCUCACGGCUCCCACGUGUCACAGGGACUAAAACUCACCCAGCGAACGUCCGCGGCUGUCCGUGGUGGACGCUGAUAAACCUUUGGAAUACUUACUUUAUAAAAUGCCUUUAUGUUCACCA